UGUCGAACUUGAUAAACAAAGCGUUAUCUGUGCCUUGGACGCGAACGAACAAGUCGCGCUGGUCGGCCCUCGAGCCGGAACCGCGUCGCGGGUCAUAACCACGUGCGUCUGCUAGUAUUGGCACUGCAGCGGCUUCUGUACCACAACCAUCAGCAAAGUCGAGAUAUAUUCGACGGACUUGUCUCUUGCGAUGUCGCCGACAACCCACAUGGCGUCCAAGGAGUUCAUUGGAGCGGUAGAAGACCGCUGGGACAUGUACAGUGACCGUUCUGAGGACUACACCAUCGGUUCUCCAAUAGGAUUCGGGGCAUCUUCAAUUGUCUACUCAGCAGAAUACAAGCCUCAAGGGUCUUCAUCUGCAGUUCCAUGCGCCCUCAAAGUUCUGGAUCUCGACUCGCUUCCUCCUCAUUCACUAUCGCUUCUUCAGCGAGAGACGACUCUGAUGUCCCUAUCCAAGCAUCCAAACGUUCUUCGUGUCCGUGGUUCAUGGAUGGACGGCCACAAGCUCUUUAUCGCAUUGCGACUCAUGAACAAGGGUAGUGCAGCUGACGUCAUGCACUAUGGCUGGCCCGCAGGUUUGGAGGAAGACGUUAUACGUUGUAUCCUACGCCAGGCUCUCCUGGGCCUCAACUAUCUUCACAUCAACGGAUUCAUUCAUCGCGACGUCAAAGCAGCAAAUCUAUUAAUCGACGACGACGGAACGGUCCUUUUAGGUGAUCUCGGUGUCGCCGCAAACCUCGCUGAAGACACCUCCCCCAACUCUUCGAAAUUACAAACAGUAUCUUCAUCCUACGUCACCUCUUCGCGUCGGCAGAAUAGUUCUCAUGAUAGUCAAGACAGUGCCUCAGGACACAGUCCCUAUAGCUCCACCAGACGUGUCGUACUUGUCGAACCUACCGCAUCACCCUCAAGACCAAAGAUGGGAAAACGGAAAUCUUUCGUUGGUACACCAUGUUGGAUGGCACCCGAACUAAUUCAGGGGAAGAACUAUGACUCCUCUGCAGAUAUAUGGAGUUUUGGUAUCACUGCCCUCGAACUUACACAAGGCCGGCCACCCAGGUCUCGCGAAUCACCUCAGAAAGUAUUGUUGAAAACCAUUCAAGAAGCAGCUCCUACAUUGGAUAGGGACGGCGGCACAUACAAAUACUCUCGUGCUUUUCAAGAAAUGGUGGAAAGCUGUUUGGUCAAAGACCCGACACAACGACCAACCGCGGAACAACUCCUUCAAACGCAAUUCUUCAAAGGAGCGAAGAAGCCUUCUUACCUUAUCGGUACUAUACUGAAGGAUCUCCCACCUCUGACCCAUCGGCAAGAACGCCGGGUCGUUCCAAGCACCCAGACCCAUCGUUCGAUUGAUUCUUGGGAUUUUGCCACUACCAUCUACUCUCCUGGAAGCGUUCCGCGCCGUCGUCUACCUGAUGAGUCAGAUAACCAAGGAGACGAUGUGGUUUUUGAAAUGGAGAAUGAAAGGGACCGAGAAAGCGGGAGAAGAAGCGGAAGCAUGGGUCCCUCUGGUACGGUAUCUUGGAACGAACCAGAACGGCCGGUGCUCAUAGAAGAACAUGAGCCCGAAAGUGAUUUGGUACAAUCUUCCGCAUCUUCUUCGCCCUCCGAUUCGGAAUUCCAGGGUACUAGUACCACUGUCAGUACGUCCCCCGAGACUGGGUUUUCCACGUCGCCGUCGUCUGUUCGUGAAGACGCGGAACCGAAGACUAGCCAGCCAGUCAAAGAAAUGCCGACGCCUGUCUUUACCGCUCUCAUGCCGUCGUCGGAGGUGCCCGUGAAGCCCAAACUGGGUAUAUCUGCUUCUCCGCCGCAACGCGGGUUUUGGAAGAAGAUCAAGACAAAUUUAAGACGGUCAUCAUCUAUUAUAAUGCUGCAACAGCAUCUCAAGGAAGACCUCAGCUAGGAAUGACGAUCUAACGACUGCAUUUUAUUUAUCGGUUUAUAACAUCUAUUUGGAGGGUAUUCUAAUCUAUUCUUCGUGUAUAAUUCUUUUGAUACCCGUCUGUAUUCCUUUAGUGCGCAUGACAAGAAGACAUUGAUUUAGAGGGCGCCACAUGGAUAAUAUAGGUAUUUAGAUACU